AUGUUGUCUUUUUCGGAAAUACCCAAAGAAAAAAUGAAAUGUGUAGUUCGCGAUCCAGGUGCUAAUAUGAAAGAAGUUGUUAAAUUAUUAAAUGUUGAACAUAUUGACUGUGCUUCUCACAAGAUUCAAAACAUGUUAAAAGCAGGAAUGAAGGCUCAAGAAUCUGUCGUGACUGCCAUAACAAAAUGCAAAAAGAUGGCAACUCAUUUUUAUCAUUAG